ACGACUGUGGCGGAGAAGGUCCGCAGGGGCUCUGCGUUCUGGAAGUGGCGCGGCUGCGGUCGAGUGGCGGUGAGAUUAGCUGGCUGCUGGCGCCGCUGCAGAGUAGGACGGCGUGUGGGUUCGGCGUUUCCCGUCGGGGGUCUCCGCAACGAUGAGUGCUGCCAGGGAGUCCCAUCCGCACGGGGUGAAGCGUUCGGCCUCCCCAGACGACGAUCUUGGAUCUAGCAACUGGGAGGCUGCAGACUUAGGUAACGAAGAAAGAAAACAAAAGUUCUUGCGGCUUAUGGGAGCAGGAAAGAAAGAACAUACUGGUCGUCUUGUUAUAGGAGAUCACAAGUCAACAUCUCACUUCCGAACAGGGGAAGAAGACAAGAAAAUUAACGAAGAACUGGAAUCGCAGUAUCAGCAAAGUAUGGACAGCAAAUUAUCAGGAAGAUACCGACGACAUUGUGGACUUGGCUUCAGUGAGGUGGAAGAUCAUGAUGUAGAAGGUGAUGUGGCUGGAGAUGACGACGAUGAUGACUCACCUGAUCCCGAAAGUCCAGAGGACUCUGAAAGUGACUCAGAGUCAGAAAAGGAAGAAUCUGCUGAGGAGCUCCAAGCUGCUGAGCACGCAGAGGAAGUGGAGGAUCCCAAAAGCAAAAAAGAUGCAAAGAGCAACUAUAAAAUGAUGUUUGUUAAGUCCAGUGGCUCCUAACUUGUAAAACACCUAGUCUUUGUAUGAAAAGUAAGCCUUAUUGUUACAAUGCACAGUGGAGGACUGCUUACAGAGCACAGACCUUUGUAUUAUAAUUUUUAAAAAGGCCCUUUUAAAUAAUUACAAAGAGUGUUUGCUUUCAGAUGCCAUGGGUUAUACUUUUAUGGGCAUGACUAUAACCAUUUUUGUAAAGAGUAAGAGUUGUAUAAAAUAAGAAAUAAAUACAGUACUCAAUUUCCUUUCAUAUAAGUAUCACCAAACCUCUAAUCUCAUCUUUCUACCCCUUCAAGUACAGUUAUGGGGAAAGAUAAUGCUUUUUGUUUGUGGUGGCUGUUUAAUAACCUUCUGUUCAUCAUACUUUUUUCCUCUUAUAAAAAGUUUAUCUGAUACUGUGAUGUGUUUAUGAAAAAUACCCUUUCGUUAUAUUUUGUCGUAGUAGAACUAUUCACCAUGGAUAUUUCUGCUGCCAGUAACAAUCUCAAAUGUUGGCAGAGAUUAGGUACUUAGCUUACUCUUACUGAUUCAGCUCUACUCUUUUGGACCAAAGUAAUGAGAACAAAUCCUUUCACACCUGUUAGGGUGAAACAUACUUGGAAUGUUAUGCUCCAAAACAAUCUAUAUAAUUUGAAUUAUAUUGUUUGUUAGGUUUUUGGUAAAUUUGGCCAGUUCUUACAAAAGAAAAAUUCUCUGGUUAUUUGGUUCUAUUUAGAGCUAUGUGAAACUGGAAUUUUUUUUUUAAAGUAAUCUGUGACCAAAGUUAAUUUUCUUCCUAAGCCCUAAAUAAAGAAAAGCAGCUUCCCA